GGCUCGGCCCCGCGCUACCUACCACAGCACAGCCUCCGAAUAGUAAACAGACCAUCCAGCCAUAGCGCCAAGGGAGGCAGGCUACGCAUCUUGGGCAGGCGGCGAACCCAUCACACCCCCAUGGUUGACAGGCUUCAUCCUCACUGCCUGGCCUACAAAAUACAUGUAGGCUGGAUAUAACGGGCGCAAUAGGUUAUAAUUAGCACCCUACAUGGCCGUGAGCCUUGCCUCAAAUAUCGCGUGACACUGGAUCGUAAGGUAUCUUGUUGCGGUCUUCGUAGUGUUUAGUUUCCUGACACUCACAAAGUCACGAGUUGCUGCGGAAAAGAGAUUCUCAAGCGUCCAGUAUUCAAUUCUAUAGCACUAUGUGACAGCCCAGAAACGAGUGUAAAAGGCAAGGGAAGGUCAAAGUCGCAUCAUCAUGAAUCGUCAGGAGUUUUCGACGGGCAAGCUCCACGCCACGAGGGUCCUGAAUGAGCUGUGUUCCCUGAGACACUUUGAGGCGCUGUGUGAUGGCAUAGUGAAGCUCACAGACGGCUCAGUCAAGAUCAGCAAGGCAGUCCUGGCCUCAGGGUGCCCCUACUUCAGAAUCUUGUAUGAAUUUGAGGAAGGGGCACAGCAAGGGAACAACCGCACUGCAGAACCCACGCUGGACAUCACUUGUGCCACCUUUGAGCUCAUCCUGGACUUCAUCUACACAGGAAAGGUUGUUAUUGACAACGAUAAUAUUGAGGAAAUCUUAAAGGCCAGCGAUCUCCUUCUUAUGACCGACUUGAAGGAACUUUGCAUUCAAUACCUGCUUAGUAAAAUAGACGUGGACAACUGUUUGGGGGUGUUGCAGUUUGCUCAGCAGUUCUCAUGUCCAAGGCUGGUCCAUUACGCCAAGGACUUCAUCUGUGAACACUUUAAGCACAGGCAAAUAGUGCGAACAGAUGAGUUCCGAAGCCUGAAUGAGGGACGUGUGAAGGAGCUGCUCUCUCAGGAUGGCCUCUCGGUGAAGUCUGAAGUGGACAUCCUGACAGCUCUGGUGGUGUGGCUCAACGCUAACCUGUCAUCAACUCCGGAUGUGGAGUCAAUGGUCACCACCUGCCUGCGUGAGUCCUCAGACCUCAGCUAUGACCCCAAGUUUCAGCGUGCCCUACAGGACCUCCGAGCCUCUUCCCCUCCUUGGGACUCCCCUGGGGCUGAUAGGGUUCGGGACGCCCUCAGGAAGACCCGGCGCAUCAGGUCUAUCCGAGAGCGUGGCACAAAGACCGUCCUGGCGUGCUGUGACGGACAGGCAGUCAUCUACCUGGUGGAUGUCUUGGGCACUGGCAAGCACUCUGGCAGCCAUGUGGUGCUGCCUCCGCUGCUGGUGCCAAGGAUCAGACCAGCACUGGUGGUGGAGGGUGGGUAUCUCUUUGUGCUUGGUGGGAUGAGGCCGGGCAGGGAGAAGCAGAUGACCAAUGACAUCCAGCGGUACGACCCGACCACCAACACCUGGAUGCUCAUGUCUCCAAUGCCGUACAGCUGCUGCUCGCCGCACGUCAUCGCACACGCAGGGAAGCUCUAUGUCACUGGAGGCUUCAAUGAUGAGGUUGAGCUUGAGAUCCCUAACCUGGAGGAGUUUGAUAUCUACACCAACAAGUGGAGGAGUCUGCCACCCAUCCACAACGUGCGUCGCGGGGCAGCGGUGGCUGUGGCAGAUGGCAAGAUCUACUACAUUGGAGGGACACCCUGGAGGGAACCCCCUGUGGGCAGCCUCUACUUCAAAGUUUUGGAUGCUGUGGAAAUAUUCUGCAUAAAGGAGGAGAUAUGGAUGGCCGGCCCGCAGCUCAAGGUACGGAGAAGCCACGCAGCCGCUGUGUCACACAAUGGGACGGUUUUUGUCGUGGGGGGAGCAAGGCCGAUAGAGUGCCCAAGUGCACAGGGACAACUCAAGGUGACAGGAACAGAGGCGCUCUUCUGUGACUCCCCGAUGGGGUGGACGCAGCUACCCAACUACACAGUCCCUAACGAGGCAAAGAUCCACACCACGGCACUGGUGGACAAGGAUCACAUCCUCAUCGUGGGCAAUGCUGACCCCUCGGAUACCCAGCGCUUCAACUGCUUCCUGCUGGAGGGGUCUGGGUGGGUGGUGCCACCAGGGAUUGACAGCAUACUAUGGGCAGGCACCAAGACAUUCUACAGCUUCGCUCUCUUCACCCUCCCGGCGGCAGCAUUGCAGGAGCUCCGCUUUGAGGAGACAGAGUAGGUUUCAUAAUGUAGCUAGUGUUUAUUUUUUGUAUGAUGUGCAAAUUAUAUGGACCUUGCCAGGUUGUUGAUGUGACGUGUUCCCUUCACUCAUGCCAUCACCAGCUGCCAGAGUCCAGUGUGUGUUUAAGUGUGACUCAUUAACAGAGAAUUAUACAGAGGGUGUGGCACCAGUCCAUCAACACCAUUGUAAUUAAUAUAGAAAAUGCUACCCCGGAAAUGGAGCUGAGGUGUAAAAAUAAAAUAUUGUCAAAA